AUGGGCGGCCCAGUUGGACCCACCUUGUACGAAGUCCUCUCCUAUAGUAGUUAUGGUACGCCCAACGUCGGCUUUGAACUUGGCACAUUCCCAGACGUUUCGCUGGCAUCGUCAGUAAGCCUUACCAGUCUUAGCACCAAGCUAGAACUCAUCAAAGAGACAAAAGAAAUCAAUCCCUCUACCAACUUUCUGCCGAACGGUUGUGUUAUCCCUCCUGUCCUGGUAUUUCUACCCACGCCCUUUCAUCGUAUAUCAAUAUCUCCCUAUAACAACUUCCGAUUUGUUUCUAUCCGACUCCUCGAGAGGUGUGCUCUUUCUGGAGACUUUAUUAGUGCGUUAUCACAUCUGCUUGUCUAUUUUCCCGCCGAUUUUCCGCUUGAUUUGCAGGAAUUGUUGAUCUGA